GCUUUUCCUGAUUUUCCAGAAGUUGUUCCUACUACCAUAAAAAAUGCAUUAAUUUCUACACAAGCAGCUAAUGCUCCAGUGCUUAACAACCAGUAUACAAGAGGUCAGGGUAAUAUUGAUCUUGUGAAUGCUAUUGCAGACAUUUACGGUCCACUAUUUGAUAGAUCAAUAGAUGCUUUGAAAGAGGUCAUGGUUACAAUAGGUGGAUAUGAAGCCUUGCACUGUAUCAUUAACGCUGUUGUCAACCCUGGAGAUGAAGUAAUCUUAAUUGAACCACAUUUUGAUAGCUACAGUGAAAGCAUUCUUGCAGUGAAUGGAAUUCCUCGAUACAUACCUUUACGACUAAGAGAAGGUGGAAACAAGGCUAGUGAUUUUGUCUUAGACAAGAAUGAAUUGACAGGGUUAUUUAAUGAAAAGACAAAAGCUAUCAUUGUAAACACCCCUCACAAUCCUACAGGGAAGGUAUUUACACAUGAAGAAAUAGAGUUUAUUGGCAACUUAUGCAAAAGAUAUAAUGUUUUAUAUAUCAGUGAUGAAGUUUACGAAUGGCUAGUCUAUGAUGGAUCAGAGCAUAUCAGAGCCGCAACUCUUCCUGGUAUGUGGGGGCGUACAGCUACUGUUUGUAGUGCUGGAAAAGCAUUUAAUAUUACUGGUUGGAAAACAGGUUGGCUUAUUGCGCCCGAAUAUUUGGUAUCAGGUGCUAUGCGAGUUCACCAAGGAAGCAUUUAUACUUGUCCAUCACUACUACAGAUAGCUCUGGCUGAAACAUUCAAGCAUGAAAAACUGCUUUUAGGUACGCCUGAUUCUUAUUGGCAUUGGUUGCGUCAAAUUAUGACUGGCAAACGUCAACAAAUGUAUGAUAUUGUUAAAGAAGCUAAAUUGAAGCCUAUUAUGCCAGACGGUGGCUACUUUAUGCUAGUUGAUAUUACUGGUUUGAAUGUUGAUCGAAGUGGAUAUGACGAUGGUACUCCGCUCGAUAAGAUAGUCCAACAAUGGCUGAUUAAAGAUAAAGGUUUGGCUAUCAUUCCAUGCAGUGAAUUUUAUAGCGGUGGACACAAAAAAGAAUUUGAGAACUUUAUACGUGUCUGCUUUAUAAAGGGUGACACUACUCUUCGUGCUGCUCGAGAAAUCUUUAGUAAACUUAAUAUUAAAUAAUGUUUUCAUUUACAGCAAUAUGUAAAACUACUUACUUUAUUUUAAAUUAGUUACUCUUCUGUUUUGUUUCAUAUAUGUUACGCGCGGUCCGUGAAAUGCCCGGUUUGUUGCGCGAACAAAAU